UAUCAGCAACAACGCUCUGCCCAGCUGUUUCCUGUUUGCGUCACUCACUCACUCACUUCCUCCCUGAGCGAGCGAAGGUCGGAGGCGCGAGGAGUUGCUAAGGUUGAGGACUACACACUGCCAGCAUACUUUGACCGGCGAGAGAGCCCUCUUCCUGAUAUCAAGUUUGUGCAGCAGCUGAGUCCUGAGCAGAAGUCUCUAAAGGAAAAGGAGAAGGGAUCCUGGGCUGCGCUGUCCAAAGAGGAGAAGAUUGCAUUGUAUCGUAUCAGCUUCAAGGAGAGCUUUGCUGAAAUGGGCAAGGGAACAGGAGAAUGGAAAUCAGUAGUUGCAGGAAUUUUCUUUUUCAUUGGCUUCACUGGCCUUGUUGUGUUGUGGCAGAGGAAGUAUGUUUAUGGAGAUGUCCCCCAUACCUUUGAUCCCGAAUACAAGCAGAAGGAGGUCCAGAGAAUGCUGGAUAUGAGGAUCAACCCUGUUGAGGGCUUUUCAGCCAAAUGGGACUAUGAAAACAAUGCAUGGAAGAAAUAAAUUGUUCUUUACAUGUCAAUCUGUUGGACCAGGCCCACCCCUUGUAACUAAUCAUCCAAUAAACAGACAAGUCUGUAUUUUUUGUCCACUUACUUUUGAAUGAUUUUGGAAGUUUGCUUCCCCUUAAGGUUAUGUAUCAUAAAUAAAAUUCCAAUAUGUA